CGCAUAUGGAAAUAAAUACAAUAAAUUUUCAUCAAAAUCGGUCAGAUUCUGGUCUCGAAACUUGAACGUUUAACCACGUUUUCACACCCUUUAAAGAUUUCACAUUUACAAAUUCAAUGCCAAAUGCAUUAAAAUGCGUUAAUUUGCGAGAAGUAAACCGCUGGAUUUUAAGGGCAAAGACAGUUUUUUUUUCCUGAGAGGGUAUAAGUGUUAACCGGCAAGCUGUCGUCAGAAGCAGUAGAACGCGAGUCCUCCUCGACAUCGCUGGAUCACGGCCGUCUGUCCGUGUCCCGCGUGUCGACCCCGCCUCCUCCAGAUAUGUCAUGUCCUGUUGCAGAGAACUGGUGCUACACACAGGUAAAGGUUGUCAAGUUCUCGUAUAUAUGGACGAUCAACAACUUCAGUUUCUGUCGGGAGGAAAUGGGGGAGGUCCUGAAAAGUUCAACAUUUUCUGCAGGUGCAAAUGACAAAUUAAAAUGGUGCUUGCGGGUAAACCCGAAGGGUUUGGAUGAGGAGAGUAAAGAUUACUUGUCUCUCUACCUUCUACUAGUCUCCUGUAACAAAAGUGAAGUCCGUGCAAAGUUCAAAUUUUCCAUCCUCAAUGCAAAACGGGAAGAAACCAAAGCAAUGGAAUCACAGCGAGCGUAUAGAUUUGUCCAGGGAAAGGACUGGGGUUUUAAGAAGUUUAUUAGAAGAGAUUUCCUCAUGGAUGAUGUGAAUGGACUCCUUCCAGAUGACAAACUCACCAUCUUCUGUGAGGUGAGUGUGGUAGGAGACACAGUGAAUGUGUCCGGCCAGUCCAACUGUACGCCGGUCAAGGUUCCAGAGUGUCGUCUUAGCGACGAUAUGGGCAGUCUACACGAGCGAGCACUGUUUAGUGACGUCACGUUAUGUGUAGGAGGCCGUGAAUUUCUGGCACAUAAAGCUAUACUUGCUGCACGUUCAAUGGUGUUCAAUGCGAUGUUUGCACAUGAAAUGGAAGAGAAAAAACAGAACCGAGUGGACAUUGAGGAUGUUGAACAUGAAGUGAUGCGGGAAAUGUUGCGCUUCAUAUACACGGGCAAGGCCCCCAACCUGGACAGAAUGGCAGACGAUCUACUGGCAGCAGCCGACAAGUACGCCCUUGACCGCCUCAAGGUCAUGUGUGAGGAAGCCCUGUGUUCCAACCUCACCGUGGAUAAUGUGUGCGAAAUUCUUGUGCUGGCAGACCUACACAGCGCCGACCAACUCAAAACACACGCCAUAGAUUACAUCAACAGUCAUGCAACAGACGUGAUGGAGACUCAAGGCUGGAAGACGUUAAUCAUGUCCCACCCCCACCUCAUAGCUGACGCCUUCCGAGCCAUGGCCAGUCAGCAAUCCCCACCCCUCGGGCCCCCACGGAAAAGGAUCAAGCAGUCCUAGUGUCCCUACCCCCUUCCUGCCACACCCCCCUUGACUUUGUGAUAUAGACCAGUGACACAUGCCCAACUGUCCUGACUCCAUACACUGCCGCCCUCUGUCAUUUAUGGCGUUGCAAAAAAGCUUUGUGCUGUUCUUGCACUGGAUUAGUUCAGUCAUUGGUACCGGGUAUGCACUGUUUAGAGACAAACAUCAGUUUGUCACUGUACGGUGACCAUUUCAGGCAUACAACACAGCUUUUGUACAAUUGGUGCACUUUAAGUCAGUUGUUUAAGUUAUAUGAAUGGUAUGCUUGUUCUGUUAUCUUUGGCUUUAUGCUCUUUACAAAACAGUUCUGUUCAAGCAGUGGUACUGAGUCUGUUCUAGUAGUUAUAUCAUUUGUUUGCACAUUUUGAAGAACAUUGACUGAUGCCAAGCCAACAUUAACAUGCAGGUGGUUAUGUCAUGUUUUGGUGACCAUAGACUUAUUUUUGUCGUGUUUUGACCAGUGAUGAUAUUUAAAUCAUGUUAUGGUAGCAAGAUUAUGCUAUACUAGUAUACAUGACAAUGACAUGUCAAGGUAGCCUACCGAGGCAUGUACAUUUUUGUAGCAGCGGGUCUGUUGACAAUAUGGCAGUACAGUGUUAACCAAUACCCGUCGGAGAUGGACAGCAAUUCCCCCUCAAUCAUGCUACUUCCCCUUGAGGACAUUCAAGCAUUUUCUCUUGGAGACUCCUUUUUAAAGUGUUUCAGUUUCAGUUCCUAACAAAGACUUGACACCGUGAAGGAUUACAAAAGUUUGAUUACGACAUCCUUACUAUCACAAAUGUGAACAGGUUAUCUGAUGCAUGUUACGUGACGAUUUGUUGUUUGUGAUUUAUUGAUCAAGAUUAAUGUAUACAAUAUAUUUUUAUCCUUGUAGAUGAAUGGAUAUCCUUUAUUUCCAAUUAACUGAAAAACAUCUUUACGAUUUGGAGAUUUUUUCUUGAUAUGCAACAAUUGAAUAGGGAGACCUAAACCAACUAAAUAGUAACUUAGAUUUCUUUUUACCCACAAUGCAAGCUUUAAUAAAAGAUUCAUUAAGUAUAGGCAUGUAUUAAUGUUGAAUAUGCAUUUUGCUAAAAGAAUGCUUCAAUAGGCAGGGGCUCUUAAGUUCAGUAUUAGUUGAAAGCUUUUUCACUUCAGACUGUUGUACAGUUGUAAAGAUUGUGUUUGCUCCGACAUUUGCUUUAAAAACUGUCCAAAAAACCUGGACAUGAGUACACAUUACUUUGGAAACCAUCUCCUAGCCCCUUUACCCUGCAUAUAUUCCUUAGACCCCUGGCCCGAAUUUCUCCAAGCUUAUCAGGCUUAAGCAGCUUAUUUCAGUUAGCCAAAAGAUGUCCUUAAAAUUGAUUUUGAUAAAUGAAAAAUGGUUAAUUGGAAUUAUCUUUAGUUCUAAAAAAUCUUAAAGAAGUAAAUAUAACACAAAUUAUUGAAGAACAAAAGUAGUGAGCUUAGCUUUAUCCUGUUUUAAGAUUUCAGAACUUUGGAGAAAUUGGAGACUGGCUAUUUUUCAGGAUUGACAAUUAUCAGCUGUUCUUUUGGUUAUAACUUUAAUCCUAACCAGAAAAGCAGAACAUAUAAAAGAAUUAACUUCGAUAAUGUCUUGUAAGAAAUGAAUCUUCACAUUGAUGGCUGUGUUAUAGUGCUUCUAUUGUAAAGUGUGAUUAGUUGUAGAAAUGAUAAUGAGUAAUCAACUUUGACUGGGAAAACAUAUUCCAUAUUUGUACCGUACUAUUGAAGGUUACCAGCAGGAAUGUAGAAUGUCAUUAUAAUGUACAAGUACAAGACCAUGUCAAGCUCAAGUGGGUUUUAAAGUUUACUCUUUUGCGCAGCUGAGCACAAAGUGCUCAUAGUGAGCUUAUGUAAUCUUCCAAUGUCCAUCGUCUGUUGUCCGGCGUCCAGCAUAAAUAUUUUAAAACCUAAAACAUUUUCCCAUGACCCAUACCCAUGAUAUUUGGUAUGCAAUCUCAGGUAGUGGUCCUCAACCAGUUUGUUCAUAAUAUGUCCCUGUGGGGCAGGGGUAAUAAGUUUUCGUUAUACUUAUAUAGCUAACUUUUGAAGAUCUUCUUCUAUGAAACUGCAUUACCCAGACCCUUUGAUAUUUGGUAUGUAGCCUCAUGUAGUUGCCUUUUACCAAAAUUGUUCAAAUAAUGCUCCUACGGUCAAAGAUGGCCACGUCCUGUGGGUCCCAGGAUUUCUAUAUAUAAGUCCCUUGAUAUUUGGUAUGCAGUCUGAUAUAGUGGUCCUUUACAAUAAUUGUUCAAAUGUUGUCACUUAGGUAAAAAAUAACCACACCCAAGGGGUCCCAGAAUGAGUCCACGCAGAGUUGAAAUACAUACUCCAGAGUACAAGAGUUUGAAACACACCCGCAAUAUUGUUUGAUUUACAAAACAUUUUUAUGUAAGAAUGUGGAAUAGUUUUUAUUGCGGUUUCAGAGGAGAUGCUAUAAUUGAUAUACUAUGUAAGACAGGUAUAAGAUAACAAGAAACAUGAGCUCAAUGACGUACGAUCUACAGUCCUGCGGGCAACCUUCAAUAUAAUUGUAAUGUUAACAUGUUCUAUGAGGUUUAUAAUAUUGAUGGGGGUUUUCUACAGACAUGUAUAGUUGUGUUAUGUAUUUCCACUGUUGUCAUUGGUUUGUUUAAGUGUAAAAAGCUUAUUGUUGAUAAUGUAAAUGUUUUAAGUGGUGUUUAUUUGUCCAAUAAGGUUUAUUUUUCCGUUUGUUUCCUGGUGGUAUGACUUUCCUCAUAUUAAUGUUACAGUAACAUUUAUGCGCGAUACUGUUAUGUUACUGUUAUGUUACCGGUAGACUGUAACAUUGAUAAAAAUCUGCCCUUGUCCAACAGCAAAAACCUUGUAAAACGUUUUACCAGUUGAUUUAUUUAGAGUCUGGCUAGUACCGGUAUGUAUGUUGGUACUAAUCAUAAGACUGUUGAAAUUCAGGCUAGUGCUGAAUGUCUGUACAGCACCAGUACCUUAGUGAAUUAUAUCUAUGAUGUCAAGUGAACAUUGUCUCUGAUGGACUACACCUGUACCUCAGUGAACAUUGUCUCUGAUGGACUACACCUGUACCUCAGUGAACAUUGUCUCUGAUGGACUACACCUGUACCUCAGUGAACAUUGUCUUUGAUUGUGAAACCUCGUAACGAUCAGAAGGCUAUAAAUAUUUUAAUUGGUGAAAGGAGUAUAAAUGAUGAUUGAAAUGUUGUGCACAUGUAUUAUGAUUUAUAAGGCACUUGCUAUGGUUCUUGGUCAUCUAUGUCUUGAUGAGCACCAGGCCUCUAUUUUUCAAACAAGCUUAACUAUUCAAUAUCCGGAUCAAGCUAAGCUAACUAUUUUUGUUUUGGUAGGUUUGGGUAAUGUUUACAUCUUAAGUUGACUUUAAAAGAAAAUAAUCCCUAUGAUAAUAAUGAUGAACUAAUUUUAAUUUAAUUAAAGUAAGAUUUAGUAAGAAAAUUGGCUUGAUGAAAUAAACUACCUAAUCUUGUUAGCCUUGAAAACAUUCGAGAAAUUGAGGCCUGUAUAUUGUAUGUAAGAUUUAAUUAAAAAACAAAACAGAAAAAAUAUUUUUCUGAAAUGUUUGAAGUAAAUCUAUGAGUGCUUUUUUUUUUGAAAAAUGAAGUGGUGUUAAGAAAAAUGAGCUCUUAAUUAGUGGAGACUUGAACAAUAAAGUCAAUUGUAUGUCACUCUAGACAUAACUUAGUGUACGGAAUUAUCUGUGAGUGUGCAAUUUAGAUAAAAUACAUGUAUACAACAUUUAUAUUUAUUGACGAAUGUGUAUGUCUGUUUAUCCAAAUGGGGCUUAGUUGACAUUGUUAUGUUUGCCUGAUUCCAUCUAGUUGGUGCCCUUUAUGAAGUUAAUUAGUUUAUGUGUAGUAGUUUCGUUUAGUUUCGUUAUGUAAAUAUUAGUAAAAAAGAGACCAGAUUUAAUUUUUAAUGACAUUUUUAAUUGGCAUUAUCUUGCACAACAACGUAUAAACGUUACAUAGAUAGUAUGGUUUCUGCUGAUCAAUAAUUGUUCUCCAAAUAGGGUAUUACCAGGGGCAUUUAUUAAAAUUUGCAUCUGAAUUAAACUUAUUAAACUAUUUCAGCUAUCCUUGAAAAAAAUUUCAGCUAUCCUUGAAAAAAAAGUGUUUGUUUGAUUUAGGUCAUGUAGCAAUUGCUUUGUUGAAUGUAUAUUAGCCCUGUAAUUGAGAGAUAAUUCAUUUGUAUAAUUACAUUAAUUAUAUAUAAAUGUUUCAUUCCAAUUUCGGUAAAAUUCGAGACAGGUAUAGAAUUGUUGGAAUAUUGUUAUCAAAAUAGCUUUUUGGAUGUUGAUCGAAUCUCAAAAUGUUAAAACAAAGUUCAUUUCUCUGACAGAUGUUAAUUUCUAUCGUCCCAGAAACACUUGACAUGUAAUUAACUGUAAAUCCUUUCAUUUUAUGUUUGUAUGUAAUAAGACAUUCAUUAUUCUUUCAUUGUAGAUGUUGAUCGUACAUUACAGUCAUUUAUAGAUCAUACUAGUACAUUGCAACUUGAUUGAUUCUAUAGUUUAAGGUAUUCAGCCCUUUCAUAAAAGGUUCACUGAUUGUGGGUGAGAACUUGAAGUUGUUUUUCAUUUCCUGCCUUGAUUUUCCAACCACCAGCGAUCAAACUUUGUUAAUUGUUGUGUACAUCUUCAUUAUUUAUAGUAUGUACACUUUUUGAAUAUUUUGUGUUCUGUUAAAAUUUAUUGAAUAAACUUCAUCAAUGUAA